GAUGUGAAAAAGAAGCGGGCUCCUCCAUGUGGAUCUAUGUUUUACUGGGAAAUCUUUUGCGUGGAAUAGGUGAAACUCCUAUCCAGCCUCUGGGAAUUACAUACAUUGAUGAUUAUGCCAUUGAAGAGAAUGCUGCCUUAUACAUUGGCUGUGUCCAGACAGUGGCAAUUAUAGGGCCAAUAUUUGGCUUUCUUCUGGGAUCCCUCUGUGCUAAACUUUAUGUUGACAUUGGCUUUGUAGAUCUGGAGAGUGUAACAAUAACUCACAAGGACGUGCAGUGGGUGGGAGCCUGGUGGCUGGGCUACCUGAUCGCAGGGGUGAUUAGUGUUCUAGCUGGCAUCCCCUUCUGGUUCCUGCCCAAGCACCUCCCGAAACCACAGACCAGAAAGGACUCCAGCACCUCUUCCGAGCAGUCAAAGUUCAUCACUGAGGAUGAGAAAGACCAACACAAAUCUUAUCAGCAAAAAGUGAAGAUUGCUGAGCUGGCAAAAGACUUCUUGCCAUCACUGAAGAACCUCUUUGGGAACCCAGUUUACAGUCUCUAUUUGUGUGCAAGUAUCAUUCAGUUCAAUUCUUUAAUUGGCAUGGUCACAUAUAAGCCAAAGUAUAUUGAACAACAGUAUGGACAAACAUCUGCAAAAACGAAUUUUGUUAUAGGUCUUAUCAACAUCCCUGCUGUGGCCUUUGGCAUAUUCUCUGGGGGACUGAUCAUGAAAAAAUUCAGAAUCAGUGUUUUAGGGGCUGCAAAACUCUCACUGGGAUCAUCUUUCUUUGGUUACCUUUUGCUCCUCUCGUUAUUUGCGAUGGGCUGUGAGAACUCGGAUGUGGCCGGACUGACCGUGUCAUACUAUGGAACUAAACAGAUGACUGAUUACGAGCAAGCCCUGUUUUCAGAGUGCAACUCUGGCUGUGCAUGCUCCAAGAACGACUGGGACCCCAUCUGUGGAGAAAAUGGAGUUACUUACAUUUCUGCUUGUCUCGCUGGCUGCCAGGCGUCCAAUGGCAGUGGGAAGAACACUGUAUUUUUUAACUGCAGCUGCGUGGGAACUUUGGAAUCUCCUUCACGAAGCUCCUCAGCUGUCGUGGGACCAUGUCAAAAAGGAAAUGAUUGCCCAAAAAUGUUUCUAUAUUUUCUAGUAAUAUCGGUUAUCACUUCAUAUACUUUGUCAGUAGGUGGCACACCUGGAUACAUACUGCUUCUCAGAUGCAUUAAACCACACUUGAAAUCAUUUGCACUUGGUAUCUAUACCCUGGCAAUAAGAGUCCUUGCGGGAAUUCCAGCUCCGGUGUAUUUUGGAGUGGCCAUAGACACCACAUGCCUGAAAUGGGGAAGCAAAAGGUGUGGGGGAAGAGGAGCGUGCAGACUCUACGACUCCAGUGCACUCAGGCAUGUGUACCUGGGGCUCACUUUGGUGUUGGGCACCGUGUCCAUUUUCUUCGGUGUUGCUGUCCUUUGGGUUCUCCGGAAAAGGUCUUCUCCACAAGAUGAGACCCUCUCAGCCAACGGGGAGAGAGGCGCCUGUGGGACAAAGAGCAGGAAAGAUAAUUUUGUCAAUAGUGACCAUUUAAUUCAGACAACUUACUGGCCAGAAAAGGAGACUAGACUUUAG